AUGCCUUAUUAUAAAUCUAUAAGAUCUCCUAUACAAUCAAAGCAAAGACCUGAAUUGUUUUAUUGUGCUUUAAUAUUCGUCGUUGCUGUAUUUAUAUCUUUUAUUCUUUUGGAUUUGAUUUAUCCGUUUCCCGAGUCUGUCAUAUCAGGAGAUCCUUGGUGGAAACAUAAUCAUAGAAUAACUAUCGUCACAGUUAUAAACAACGUAAAUGACAUCGAUAUUGCCAUGGUUGAUACUGAAAAAGAAGUGAAUAAUAAUAACAUAUCUACGAGUAUUCGAAAUAAAAAGAAUUAUUCUGAAAAGUAUGGGUAUAAAUUUGUUAUUAAGGGAAUUGAAGAUUGGGAUCGAGAACCGUCUUGGGCCAAUAUACCAGCUUUAUUAAAAACUAUGAAUGAAUAUCCAAACUCUGAUUGGCUAUGGUGGAUAGAUUCGAAUUUAUUCAUUUCGAAUCCUUCUAUUAGCCUUACAUCAACUAUACUUCAUGAUAUUACAUUAUCACCGGAAUAUGAUAAUAAAGAAAUUAUAAUCGGAAAUGAUUGUUUUGGUAUUAACACAGCAUCAUUUCUCAUACAUAAUUCACAUUGGUCUAGAAAAUUUUUGAAAACCGUUUAUAAUCCUAGAUUAUUCAAAGAUUUUAAAUAUGAAGAAACUGUAAUGCAAGCUUUGAUCGAUUUUGAAGACAUUGAAGUGGGUUCAAGAAUUUUAUUUGUCCCUUUGAGAACUUUGAAUUCUUUACCAUUAAAUAGUAGUUGUGGUAAUGAUUAUCGCUAUAAGUGGCAUAAAGGUGAUUUUGUUGUGAAUUUAGCUGGAUGUGAAGUACAAAAAGAUUGCGAAAACCGAUUCAAGGAAGUCAUGGAUUGCUUAAAAUAA